GCUUCUGGAAAUUCUAGCAAAAACCUAAAUUCUCUCCUCUCUCUCUCUCUCUCUCUCUCACAGAUCGGCCGCCGUUUGCUGCUGGUCAAACAAUGGCAGACGUCGAUAGUGCUAAACACCCAACUCUCUCUGAGCAAUAUUUACUGAAAGAGAAAGAAGAGAAAUUGGACGCACCUGUCGAGCCAGUAGAAGAUGAUGCUUCUAAGACCACUGAAAAUACUUCGUCGGAGGAAGUUGCUCCAAAAGCUGAUGAAUCCCCUGCUGUUGAGAGUAGUGCAGCUGCUGAAGAAAGUAGUGUAGCAUCUGAUGCUGCUCCUGCAGUUGUAAGUGAUGAACCUUCUGCCACUGAAGCUGCCAGUGAAGAAAGCAGCCCGAGUACCGAGGAUGAUACCUCGGGUGGUCAAGAAACCGCUGAUGAAGCUGCAGAGGUUAAGCUUGAGACAGCUCCAGCAGAUUUCCGUUUCCCUACUACAAAUCAGACCAGACACUGUUUUACCCGAUAUGUAGAAUAUCAUCGGUGCAUUGCUGCAAAGGGUGAAGAUGCAUCCGAGUGUGACAAGUUUGCAAAGUAUUAUCGUUCUCUUUGCCCCGGAGAAUGGAUAGAUAGAUGGAACGAGCAAAGGGAGAACGGCACCUUUCCUGGUCCAAUAUAGACUUCAACGGAGCCAUGGUUGCUGGCGUCGGCUUUGGAAUUUGAAUGUCACAAGCUUUUUGGGGUGCUGUUGAAGCACAAUGAGAUAAUAAUGUUUUGGCUUGUUUGUUGAACUAAGUUCAAGUCAAAUAUGAUUUUAGUGAUCCUACUGCUCUUUGCAACCAAUUCUUGCUGAUAAAUUUUACUCAAAAACCUAAUACUAUCCAUUAUAGUUUGGACCAAUUUGGCUCCUA